AGCUUCCGCUGUUUUGGACGUGCUCGUUUUCGGUUGCUGCGUCCGUGAAUUCUCGCUGUCAACUAAACUGAUUAGUUAAAGGUCGAUAAUCAUUGACGCCACUGUUCAAUCUGAGAACGGCUUAGCGGCAUCAAGGUGCUAAAUGCACCUGAGCAUCUUCAAAAGUGUGCAGCUUGUAGCCUCUUUCCAACUCGGAAAACAUUCCUGCCGGUUUGCUGUAAGCUCGAACGCCGCUCGAAAGAUGAGCACGAAAGUGAAGUUCCUAAGCCAGGAAGAGGCCAUCAAGAUCGACCAAGAGCUCUUCUCAGAGUAUGCAUACAGUUUGGACCAGCUCAUGGAGCUGGCUGGCCUCAGUGUGGCCACUGCAGUUGCCAAGUCCUACCCCAAGGCGACCAUGACCAAAGGUGCCACUGUUCUCGUCUGCUGCGGACCCGGCAACAACGGUGGAGAUGGGCUAGUUUGUGCCAGACAUCUGAAGCUUUUUGGUUAUGAACCGUCAGUGUUCUACCCAAAGCAGUCCAACAAGCCACUGUUCCAAAACCUGACCAAGCAGUGCCAGGAGAUGGAGGUGCCAUUCCUGUCCUUCCUGCCAGACUCGCAGCUAAUUGCAGACUCCUACAAUGUAGUUGUGGAUGCCCUGUUUGGGUUUAGCUUCAAGCCUCCUGUGCGGCCGGAAUUCGCAGACGUUCUCGACAAGAUCAAGAAGGUGAAGAUCCCAGUGGCCAGCAUUGAUAUUCCCUCGGGCUGGGACGUGGAGAACGGAGGCGACGCAGAAGCUCUGCAGCCGGAGUGCUUGGUGUCUCUGACAGCGCCGAAACUGUGCAGCCGCAACUUCAAAGGCCGGUGGCACUGGCUAGGUGGCCGCUUCGUGCCACCCGCAUUGGCCGCAAAGUACGAGCUCAACCUGCCACCAUACCCGGGCACCGACUGUUGCGUCCUCCUCACACCACCAGCCUCCUCGUGAGGCCUCUGCCACUUAAACAGAAGCUGGGCGGCCCUUGCUCCAUCUGUUAUUACAGUUUGUUUUUCAGUGGGCUCAAAAUUUUUAAGAGCUACACAAUGUAGAAUGAUUGCUUGCAGUAUUCACUUCCUCCUUCAACUUAACACUUGUGCUGGACUCUUGGCAUUAGCUGACCAUGCGCACAAUUUCUGCCAUAAUACACACACAUCUUUUGGAAUGCCGUUCAUCAGUGUGCUUUGACACACGUGCACGUGAGAGUGAUUUGUAGCUGAGCUGGUCGAGUGCAUGAAGUAACAAGACUUCAAGAAAAAUUGUGGAUGAGGAGAAUUAAACAGGAAAUGUGCUAUUCUCGGCUGACUGCCAGUCAUGUUAGUUCAGCAUGUCAAAGCAUGAAAGUGCACAAAAAAAAGAGGGCCUGUGGAGUUUCAGCUCAUAACUCACAUUCUAAAUGCUCCGUUGUUUAUCACUGAAGUGUCCUACUGUAUUGGUCCAUGUUUUCCGAUUAAGUCAUUUAGCUAUGCUGGUUCCAAGCCCCAUAGUGAGUCCGUUAUUGCACUCUCAGUGCCAGAAAAUGCUAUAUAAAGUUUGUAGAGCUCACACUAUCCCACUUCGAGGCUUUAGAGUACAGAAGGCUUACCAUAUGACACGAGUGCUAAUAUGUGCAAUUUUCACAAGCCCUACAAGAAUACAUACUUCAAUGGUCGUUUGAACGUGUCCGCAAAACACAAGCACACUCUGCAGAAGUGCAGUUCACAUUUGCAGUAGGUAGUGCCAGGCAAAUGCAGACGAGAACAUUUUGCAGACUUCCUGUAUUCAGCAUGAAUGUUGUUGCCUUGCUGACUGUGCUAGGUUAAGAAAGGGCUCUUUACUGCCAAGACAGCACUGUCAUACUGUUUCAAGCUUUCGGGCCAUUUAGUUCUUAAAUGUGGCUAUUUGAGAAAACUUGGCUGUAUCAAGUACUAAUACUUGGGCAGUUUUAUUAAGCAAGCAGAGACAGAUGUCAGUUUGUGGCACAAGUAGUAAGCUAGGCGGUAGAAGUUGUUGAAUUUGGAGUAGCACACUCUUUGUUGUCUGUGUGUAAAUUAGAAAUGUUGUUAAGAUAAUUGUUUUGCCUUAUUAGAGGAAGUUCGUGUACAGCGGGCACAGUUUCACCAGCGAGAUAAUCUGCUGGGUCAAACUAGCCCUGCUGUGCGAGACCAGCAUUGUUUUAGCACAUGCAUACCUUUACUGUUACAGACAUUUGGCAAUAUUGAUAAGAGCUGAUAUACAUGGCUAUGUGCAAGAAAAGCAGGUAGAGUAUACGGAGUAGCACUCUAUAAUCCUUCCAAGCAUUGAAGGAUCAAAUCUCAUGCAUUCGUUUCCUUCUCUGAACUUUGCUGACUAUGUCAUCAUCUUUCUACCAUGGUACAAGGCACUCUACGCCUAGAAAUCUUUUCAUAGAGUUAGACGUAUAAGCUAGCUGAUAAAUAAAAAAAAAGACAACUCAGAAGGCACAUUAUAGGAGCCAUUAAAUGUAACAAGCAGUUAAUUUCGGAGAUUUCUGGGCCACAGUAUGCAGUUUUCACCACGAGUUUCCCGACCGCUCAUGCGAGUGAUGAAAACUGUCACUGGUCUCCGUGACAGGCUUCUUAUAUCAUGCCUGGUAUCUCCGAAAAAAAUGAUCGUGCAUUAGUUCAUCUUAUACACAAGGCAAAUUAGUGUGCAAUCAUGUUACUGUUUAUGCGCGUGAUGUGUUGUGACUUUGCUCAGCCUCAAGCCAUGCUGAUAGGUAACCUAUAGGCUGGCCAGAGAGGCAUGGCACUGAUGUAAUGAUUGUAUUGUGCACAUGUGCUUUUCUGCACGUUCGUCAUAAAAUCUUUGAGAGUCUGAAGCAGAUGCAGAACUCUCGACUGGCGCCUGUUGUACGUGUUCGUGAAGGUGAUCUGUGAGAAGGCCUUUAAAAUUUUCCACUCUUCUAAAAAGGCAUUCUUCAUUGUGUUUAGCACGUUUCUCAAAACGAACCUUCCAUCUCUUCACCUCACUCCUUAGUCUAUUUUUUAUGCGAUAUCUGUUGAGAACCUUGCAUAAAUUCUAGGUACUUUCUGUGUUGCCCAAUAUACAGAUAAGCAGGCUGUAGUGUCUCAGUUGGUAGCCAUUAGACCCAAUGUAAUAAGUGGUGUAACCCAAAAGGCUAAUCAGUACAUACAUCAAACCGUGGUGAGAGCUUCAUUACUCGAGGCACACCAGAUGGUUGCAGCCCAAUCUCAAAUGCCAAAUAUUACUAAUCUCAUGUGCCUCAUUUUGAUGCAAGGCCUACAGCACAAGCAUGUUUUACAAGUAUUGUGAUGUGCUGUACAUAGAACAUCGCUGUUUCUGUACUUGUGGAUGAGCACUUUUUUU